AUGAUAUAAGCUCAUAUGUACAUAUUGGCAUUAUUGCCUAUUAUGGUUCUGUCGACUUGCACCACGGUUGAAUUAUAAGAUCAUGUCUACCCUACCGUAAAAGAAACAUUCAAAUGGGAUAUCAGAAGAUUUAUCCAAGGUGAUAAUUUGAAGUAUUAAUUGGAUGUUACAACAACUCUUUUCCAACUUGAAUAACCCCUACAUAAGCUAGAUGAGAAGAAUCAUUUUGCUGGUAAUAAGAAUAUUCAUCAUUUAGCAUAAAUUGAUAUUAUAGCCAUAAGAGCUUUUGACAUUCCAGAAACUGGUGCUUGGACCAAUGAUUUCGCAUUCAUGGGCCAAGAUCCUGAAGACUAUUCAUGGUGGAUUUACUAUUCCGAAGGAAAGUAAACACAGAUGAAUGUAGCUCCCAAAUUUGAUAAAGAAAUUCAAUUCAUAAAUGACAAUCGUUUGAUAAAAUGUUUGGAUCUGGAAUACAUAGACAGAGAUACAUUUUUAGUUGAUUGUAUCGAACCAUAACCUCAAACAGAAGAGGGUCGUGUACCAGGAAAGAAUUAUGUCUAUAUCAUCAAGAAGGGAGAUCCCCCUAAGAUUAUUUCAGAAUCCACAUAUUCUAGAAAAUAUUUGACUGUUAAUGAUAGAAAGGUAUAAUAUCAUGUCUACAACGCUCAAAAUAUCGGCGAUGGCUUGAAUGAUGAGGAACCUCUUCGAAUUUUACUAAGAGGUCAAUAUGCCUACGGAACACCAGGUAGCAGUCCAACUAACCUUGAUGGAGAUUGCAUAAUUGAUUUGUUGAAAAAUAAUGAUAAAAACGAAAUUGUUGAAACUGCUUAACAUUUGGAUAGAGGAUUAUUGAUACAAGAUUUAGCCAUAAAAGCAGAGGAUCAAGAGAAAUUUAAGUUUACUUUGAUUGAUUUCAAAGUAAUGCCAAACGGUGAUAUCUAUAUAUUGGAUGCCUACGCUGGCAUCUACAUUUAUUACAUAAAUUCAAAGUCUGAAUUCAAAUAUAAGGGUAAGAUUGAUAUCGGAGAUGGAGCAACAAAUCCAGCAUUUGCCUUUGAUGUCAAUAAUAAGAUAGACUACGAAGGCACUAAUCACAUUCACAUUGCAGUGGUUCAUUAGAAAUCAGUAGUUGAAUACAUUGAUGGAGUAUAGAAGGGAGGAUGGUUGAACGCCUUCGAAGCUAAGCAUCCUUCAUUCAUUUUUGCAAGUCAACAAUUUUUGAUUGUCAAUCCAGGAGGAAACACAUUCUACAUUUACAACUCAGAUCAUCAAUUCCUCAUUCAUACAGAGACUUUGCUCACUAAAAUAUACUUGGCCCAAUCCCUAUGA